AUAGAGGACUCUUCAUCUUACAUGUGGAGGAUUACUUCUAAUUCUUCAAUUUGGACGAUUAAGAUGUGUUGUACAUUAUCCCAUGAAGUUCCACACCACCAGAAAGAGCAGGCAGCCACACAGGACAAAGUCUGCAUAGGCACGCUCUGGCAAGAGGCCCUUGAACUCAUCACUGCUGGGAUCCACUUGCAUCCGAAGGCUCACUGUCAACACGAAAAAUCCAAUGCUGCAGAAGAACCCCGACAGGAAGGAGUUGAAGGGGAAGGUGCCCACGCAGAGCAUGUACACGAACUGUACUGCAGCAGUGAGCAGGGCAUACACCAUGAAGGCAUCGAUCACCUUUAUCCGCAGUGGAGUCUUCCUAUAUUCUGCAUUAAAACUCUUAAUGAUAACAUUUGCAUUGGCUCUAAAGUCCUGCAUGCUCCUCUGCAAAGAAAUCAUGGGGUGGUGGUGCUGAGCGAUGUGAUGGUGAUGAUGAGAACAAACGUGCUGUUUACAGCAAGAUCCAACGUGUGAUACAAGUGAUAAAGAAUUUAUACUCAAACUGGACGACAAUGU